UGGUCCUCUUCCAAUAUAAUCUCAGAGAGUUAUUGGAAUAGGUGGUACAGCUGGUAUGGUCAUCCGUCCACUGGUCAUAUGGUGGCGAGGACACUAGCUGCAGCUCCUGUUGUUGCAAAUGCCAUAAUUCAAUACCUUGGUUCUGAAAGAAGUCGUUCGAGUAAUGAAUUAUCUGCUGCUGUUUGGAAAGAUUUGUGGCCUAUAGAGAGGAGGCGUCAAAGAGAGUUCUUUUGCUUCGGUAUGGAUAUUCUUCUGAAGCUUGAUUUACCUGCUACAAGAAGGUUCUUUGAUGCAUUCUUUGACUUAGAACCUCGUUAUUGGCAUGGCUUCUUAUCGUCUCGGCUGUUUUUACCCGAGCUUUUAGUUUUUGGGCUAUCUCUUUUCUCUCAUGCUUCAUAUAGUUCUAGAUUAGAGAUAAUGACAGAGGGAACACUUCCAUUGGUAAAUAUGAUCAACAAUUUGUUACAGGAUAAAUAAUGAAUGAGUUAUUUGCGAUCUUA